AUGCCAAAUGUGGCCAUGAGUAAGGUUGUGCCACAACGAAGUACUCUACCACGACUUUCCACCCGUCGACGGCACGAAACGAAAGCUUUGGAAAGUUUGCAUGCCGUUCCGCAUAGUUCACGGAGCAAUCCGCCAGUUAGACGGAAUUUGGCAUACGAUGCAUCAUUGAAUGGUUGCACAAGUAGUAGUGGCAGCACGAUUUCAGUGACAGCAUUCGAAGCAAUACAAUCGGGAUCACGGGAUUCGCCAACAUCCGUUAUCGAUACCGCUAUGGAGCAGUCACAAAGUGAUGUGUCCCAUGAUAAUGAAACGGCUACAAUUUCAGUAACAGAUAUGACAGCCAGUACCUCAACAUCGGAUGUUCCUCCUUCGGUUACAUCUACUAGGCAUCAAUCUACUUCCACAACCUCACACAAUCCAAUGACGCCAAUGCCCUUCCGCUGCUUUCCUGGCAGUAAAGCCAGACGUGUUCGGUUUUAUCGUAAUGGUGAUCAGUAUUUCAAGGGCAUGUGGUAUGCAAUAUCGGUGGAAAGAGUGCGGUCUUUCCAGGCUCUUUUGGGUGACCUGACGAGAACAUUAACUGACGCUAUCAAUUUGCCACAUGGUGUUCGUUACAUCUUCUCUCUUGAUGGUUCUCAUAAAUUGUCUUCAUUGGAAGAAUUUGAAGAUGGCGAAGGUUAUGUUUGCUCAAGUUCGGAGUUAUACAAACGGGUUGACUACGAGAAUGCUCGCGAACCAACUUGGCGUAUAUCGUUGGCCGGUUCCUCUCCAACACCCUUGAUGGUGAAUUCACCAUUGAAGCAGGAACCAAAUGAUUUUGUUUAUCCAAGAAUUAUCACUGUUAUUAGGAAUGGUGUUAAACCACGCCGUGUUGUUCGUCAUUUAUUGAAUAAGCGGACUGCAAGAUCUUUUCUUCAAGUGAUCCAGGAUAUAACAGCUGUGGUUAAGCUUGACAGUGGCGCAGUUCGAAAGUUAUAUGCACUUAAUGGCAAAGAAGUCACUUGUUUGGCAGACUUUUUUGGUGAAGACGAUGUGUUUAUUGCAUAUGGAAAAGAAAAAAUGAGUGUUGAUGACUUCUACGUUGUUUCGGAAGAAUCGAAAAGGCUUUAUAGUUUACGAUCUCGUACACCUCGCGGUAAACCACCGCGGAGGAGAAUGCCAGCAAGGAAUGAAACCCUACGAGAAGAUCGUGCUGGAAGUGUGGUUCCUGAUUCCGAAAUGAGUCGACAUCUGCCUUUAGCUCUUGAUAAUGUUAUGUAUUUGGUUCGGUUAAUCGGUGAUGGUAAUACAGCUUUGGUUUAUGAAACGAUGUGCAAGAGAACUCGAGAAAGAAAAGCACUGAAAGUAAUUAGCCACGAGAACGUUAUCGGAAAGGAAGAGUUGAUUAAGUCGGAAAUUUCCAUAAUGCGAAAAAUUUCGCAUGAGUUUAUCGUACAAAUGCACAAUUGUUGGGAAUUUGAAGGAUCAUUUUAUUUAUCUUUAGAGCUUAUUACGGAUGGUGAUUUAUUCGAAUAUCUUUGUCAAGUUCGUCAUGUCACUGAGCGAUCUGCUGCAGGGCUCAUAAAUUGUUUGGCAUCUGCACUUGAUUAUUUGCACAAUUUAAAUAUAGUCCAUCGUGAUGUUAAGCCUGAAAAUUUGCUGGUUUAUAUUUGUCCUUUCACGGGAGACUUGCGAUUGAAGUUAGCCGAUUUUGGUUUGGCUGUGGAAAUGAACAAUGACGAGCCAUUGAGAGUGAUUUGUGGUACACCAACCUACGUUGCACCUGAAGUCCUUGCAGAGCUUGGAUAUGAUCAUAAAGUAGAUCUGUGGGCUGCAGGCGUCAUCCUUUAUGUGCUUUUAUGUGGUUUUCCACCUUUUCAAAGUGCCAGUGGUAGUCAGGAACAAUUGUUCGAACAAAUUUUAAGUGGACGUUUCUCAUUUCCGCCACCUAUUUGGGAUAAAAUUUCAUAUUCUGCUAAAGGUCUUAUACAGGGACUAUUGCAACUGGACGUUGAGGAACGAUUUUCGGCUUCACAAAUCCUGGAGUAUCCGUGGAUCCUGGGCUGCGGUUCAGUAAAUGAUGAUUAUGAAAAGUUAAUGGAAGCCGCCGUGAAAGCUAGUGUUCAAAAAGAAGCGCAGAGAAAUGCUUUGGAAGAAAGCGAUGUUGAAUUCUACUACUCGAGGAGAACAAGUAUGGAUGAACUGAGCGAGAGUUCUCGUCGAAAUAGCUCAUUCGAAUAUUUACCGAACAGUGAGAGCAAUUUAAACGAUGAAUGA